AUGGCAGAUUCCGGUGAUAAAGAUGUCAGCAAGUCUGUAAGAUUUGAUAAAGAGUCCAUUGAGUCGAAAAAGAGAAGUUCUGUAGAUGAUUCUGCAUCUUCUUAUUCAUCCUCUUCGAGUGGACAAGACCGUAGUGAAGGUAAGAGAAAUAACGUUAAAUUCUCAACCGAGGAUAGUGAUGAUGAGGACGGUAAUUUGUUCUCCAGAAUGAUUAAAAAUCUGAAAUCUAAUGGUGGCGCUGGUUUGGCACCAGGUUUAAGUAAAGCAAAUUCCAAUCAAGAGAAGACUGAUUUGGAAGAUAAUGACAACGUCGUCACUGGACAUUCAGAUGAUAUACCCAUGGAAGAUUUUACUUCCGAAGCACAAAACAUAUUACAAGGUCAUUCAAAUUUGACGCCGGCACAAAUUGAAGCGCUAAAUGGACAAGGUUUGUCGGAUAUUGAAACAACAGCGUCAUCCACAGAUCUAAACUUCUUGGCGCCAGCAAUAGACCAUUUUGAUGACUUUGAUGGCGAUGGUGAAGAAGAAAAUGAUGGUUUCGUUGAUACACAUGGGUAUGUAGCACCACCAACCCAAGUAAGAGGUGGUGUGUUAGGUUCCUUGCUGAAAUUGUACCAAGAGCAAGAUAAUGCCACGAUAGAAACAUCCAGCAUGUAUUCGCAAUCUUCAUAUGGAGAGUCUACAGCAAAUUUGAUGAGUAUAGAUAGUGGUGAAACUGAAGUUCCUAGUGAGCACAAACCAAAAGAUCACAAAAAUGUUUUCAUGAGAAGUGGUGGCAAAGUAGCUGGGUUGGCAAUGAAUGCACCAGGUCAAAUAUAUGGGCAUGGAUCAAAGGCUGCUGGGCAUAUUUACGGCCAUGGUAGAAAAGGUGCCGGCCAUAUAUACAACCAAGGUAAGAAAGGUGCUGGUCAUAUUUACAGUCAAAAAAAUAAGCUAUCAAGCGCUGACCUGUCUACUGAAGGGCUAAAAAAAUCUGGACAUAAAGCCAAAAAGGUAGCUGGUAAGAUGCCUAAACUAAGAAAGAGAAUGUUGGCAGAAGCAAAAAUUACAGUUCAUAUUGCCGAGUUACUGCAAAGGCAGCGCUUUAUCUUGCGUAUGUGUAAGGCUUUGAUGCUCUACGGUGCACCUACCCAUAGGUUAGAAGAAUACAUGAUUAUGACUUCUCGUGUACUUGAAAUCGAUGGUCAAUAUCUUUAUUUGCCUGGUUGUAUGAUUGUCUCUUUUGGUGAUGCUACAACAAGAACAUCUGAAGUUCAGUUAGUAAGAUGUACGCAAGGUUUGAACUUAUGGAAAUUACACCAAGUCCACGGAGUGUAUAAAAAAGUUAUUCAUGAUCAGAUGGGAGCUGAUGAGGGUAACAUUGAAAUAGAUAGAAUAUUGAGGGAAAAGAAUUUGUAUCCACCGUGGGUUUGUGUCUUCCUGUAUGGUUUCUGUUCCGCAAUGGUUACACCUUACGCUUUUGGUGGUCAUUGGAUAAAUCUAGCCAUUACUUUUUUCAUGGGUUCAUGUGUAGGUAUGAUGCAGUUUAUUCUGUCAGAAAAGUCAUUGAUGUACUCUAACGUCUUUGAAAUCACAGCCUCUAUUGUUGUCAGUUUCUGUGGUAGAGCCUUUGGUUCGAUUCCAAAUUCGAAUAUUUGUUUUGGUGCAAUUACGCAAGGUUCUUUAGCACUAAUCUUGCCUGGGUACAUUAUAUUAUGUGGGUCAUUGGAGUUGCAGAGUAGAAGUCUGGUUGCGGGUUCGGUCAGAAUGUUCUAUGCCAUCAUUUAUUCUUUGUUUUUAGGUUUCGGUAUUACCUUAGGUGCUGCUUUAUUUGGUUGGAUGUACAAAGGUGCUACAAAUGAAAUCUCCUGUGGUUAUCCGAUUUCUCCAUGGUUCCGCUUUCUGUUUGUGCCUGCUUUCACCAUUGGUAUUUCAUUAAUCAAUCAAGCAAACUGGACACAAUUACCUGCCAUGGUUUUUAUCUCGUGUACUGGUUAUGUGGUGACAUAUUGGUCUGGUAAGCACUUCCAGAACUCAACAGAGUUUACAGCUGCUUUGGCUUCUUUUGUUAUCGGUAUAUUGGGUAAUUUAUACUCUAGAAUCUGGCAGGGGUUGGCGGUAUCUGCAAUGUUACCAGCUAUCUUUGUUCAAGUGCCAUCCGGUAUUGCAUCUCAAAAUUCAUUGUUGUCUGGUUUACAAAGUGCAAACCAAAUUGUUGGUAGAAAUGGCACAAAUGCGGUGCAAACUGUAGAUUUAUCCAACUCUAUGUCUUUUGGUAUAACUAUGAUUGAAGUUUCGAUAGGUAUCUCAGUUGGACUCUUUGCAUCAACCUUAUGUGUUUAUCCAUUCGGUAAGAAGAAAACAGGGCUAUUUAGUUUAUAG